UACACAUGCACAUACACAAACACAGGCGUACAGUCGCAACAUCUUAAAAAAAUUGAAUGUUAUAUUUUGCAGCGUAAAAAUUAAGUUGACUAGUUUGCAAACAACUAAUUUAGAGUUAGUUUGUAAUGAAACGCACCGCGGCAUCCAAAUCAAUGUCGUAGAACCGCAAUUAGCAAGUGUAACAAGACAAAUCACAACAUGAUUGCAUCCGAAUCAGAGGCCAUAAAUUCGGCCACUUAUGUGGAUAAUUAUCUCGAUUCCGUGGAGAAUCUGCCCGACGAUGUGCAGCGCCAGCUCUCUCGCAUACGGGACAUUGAUGUCCAAUACCGAGGAUUAAUACGGGACGUGGAUCACUACUAUGACCUCUACGUGCUACACCAGAACUCGCCCGACACCAAUCGCCGCUGCCGCUCGAUAGCGCGUAUGCACCAGAGCCUGAUACAGGCCCAGGAGCUGGGCGAUGAGAAAAUGCAGAUUGUGAAUCUGCUGCAGGAGAUAAUAGAUGGUAAGGUUAGGCAAUUGGACACAGAUCAGCAGAAUCUCGACCUGAAGGAGGAGCGUGAGCGUUACGCGCAGCUGGACGAUGGGCCGCCAUCGAAGCUGCAACGGCUCCAGAGUCCUAUGUGUGAUCAAGGCAACAGUGCGGGCAAUAAUGUGUUAAAUAGCAGCGGAUUGGGCGGCAAUGCGGCCAACGUAUCCAAGGAUCAUUAUGGUUCACUGCCCUUUAUUGGCGUGCCGGGCUCCGGUGGUAGCGGCAUCAGUGGCAAUGGCGGCAGCUCGACGCCCACCUAUGAUCGUUCCAAUCAUCUAAGCAGUGGUGGCAACGGCUACAAUGGCUCCUAUUGUGGCAGCAACAGUGACCUGCAGCGUUCGGGCAGCAAACGCUCGAGGCGACGCAACGAGAGCCUGCCCAAUAACGGCAGCUCCACUGAGAUGGGCGGCAAUGAAUCCAAUUCGGCCAACGAGGCGGGCAGCAGUGGGAACGGGAAUAGUGAACGUAAGUCUUCGAUGGCCAGCGGCAGUGGCCUGGGGCAGCGCAAGAGUCAAGUUCAAUUGGCGGGCGCCAGCGUAGCCAGUGGAGCAGGCGGUGGCGGUGGCAAUGGCGGCGGCAGCAAUUCCGGCAAGAAGAAGAAACGCAAAGUGCGCGGCGCGGGCGCUAAUAAUACGGCGGCAAAUACUCGCGAAGAAACGCCACCGCCGGAGCCCAUCGAUCCGGAUGAGCCCACGUAUUGCGUGUGCAACCAGAUUUCGUUUGGCGAAAUGAUACUCUGUGACAACGAUUUGUGUCCCAUCGAGUGGUUCCACUUCUCGUGCGUUUCACUUGUGCUCAAGCCGAAGGGCAAAUGGUUCUGUCCGAACUGCCGCGGCGAGCGACCCAACGUCAUGAAGCCGAAGGCGCAAUUUCUGAAGGAGCUAGAGCGCUACAACAAGGAAAAAGAGGAGAAAACUUAAACAAUGUUUUGUGGAAACAGUUUUUUGUGUUAAACACUCUUAGCCAUUACGAUUAGACCAGGGCUCAGCACUAUGUAAAUUAUUCGCUUCUUACAACUCUAGUUAAUA